UACGACGGUUCAGUUGGGACGGCCCGACUGACCUCAUCGGCCUGACGGACCACACCGACUGGAUUUUCCUCGGGUUUUCUAUGAUGCUUUUCCAGCCUCCUCAGCUGAGCUGAUCGCGGUUUUCGCUCUACAAGGCCCACGGCCGAUCUCUUUUGGACUCUCUUCUUUCCUCUUCAAGUCUCGCCAUCCUUUAUUUCUACCCUUUCUCCUCCCUCCAUUCACUUCCUCACUCCACUUUCCAUCCAUCCACCUUCUGCCCAGAUCCUCAUGGAGACUCUUUUGGCGCAUUCAUUCGACUAUCUUUCCUCGUACGAGCCCAGCAAAGUCCGCAAAGGAUUACGCCAGGUCGAGGGCCUGUUGGCCCAAAUAUGCCUGUCUAAAUCAAAAUGCACAGCCGACCGGCGCCGGUCAUAUUUGGCUACCGAGGCCCAACCGGCUCCCAAGGCGCUGGCCGAAUUGCGAGAUGAUCCCGCUUUCAGAGAAUUCUUCAAGCUACAAGAAAGCUUUAAGUGGAAUGUCGCCAUGCGCCUAGUAUCCUGUCUUGAGCACUUGCUCGGCCGUGGCAGUAACGGCACCAACGACAUGCUCAUCGUCUGUACGCUCGACCUAAUCCAAGGCGCACUCCUCCUCCACCCACCUUCACGCACUCUCUUCGCCCGCGAAAUCUACAUGAACCUCCUCCUCGACCUCCUAGACCCAAUCAACUGCCCAGCCAUUCAAUCAGCUACCCUUCUCACUCUCGUCACCGCCCUCCUCGACUGCCCAGCCAAUACCCGCACCUUUGAAGACCUAGACGGCCUUCUCACAGUAACAUCUCUGUUCAAGCAACGCGCCACCUCCCGGGAGGUCAAGCUCAAGCUAGUGGAGUUCCUGUACUUCUACCUCAUGCCUGAAACACCGAUUCUGGGGCCGGGCGCCAGUCCACCGGGUCUGCAGCGCAGCCCCAGCAAGAUCUCCUCACGACCCAUGUCUCAGAGCUCACAUACAUCUGCGGGGCCGGGCAAGAUGAUUCGUGAUACGCGAACGACGGAUGAAAAGCAGGCUUUGUUGGGUCGGUAUUUGAAUAAUGUGGAGGAUUUGGUCGAGGACCUCAAAGAGACUGCUCCGUUUGGAGCAACGGUUUACUGAAGAGUGAACUGCGGGACGUUGAAUCUGAUUUUUAUGGCGAUGAUGGCAGGCCCUCCUGCCAUGGUGACGAGACUGCGACAUGACCGCAUUGAUGUGGUUGACAUUCGAUAUAUUUUUUUUUUCUCUUCUUCUUUUUCCUUGGGGACUCUUUUCUUUCUCUUCCCCUCUCUCCUCGUUCAGCCUUUCUUUUUUCUUCUAUUCUUCAUGAGCUUUAUGUUCCGUCCGGUACGGCGUGAUUAUGUGGUCAAGACCUUGAUGCUGCUUUCCCGCUCCCUGGUUCUCUUUUUGUUCGAUUUGGGACUCUACCUUUUUUACUGGUCUUUUUUAUAACUCUCUUUUUUCCUUGGCUCUUUUUAAACUCUUUCUUUCUUUUUCCGAAUUUGGAAUUGUGUCGACCGCUCCUCGAACGGCCCUGGGCCUUCGUUUUCUUUAUUUGUCUCUAAUGGCGACAUGAUAAUGUAUGAUUCUUCUCUACCAAUUAUAUCUCCAGCAUAUAAUGGUAUUGAAAAUGGAAUCUCAAUUUUGAUCAUUCCUUUCUUCUUUCUAUCCUGCAACCAUCCGUAGAUACAUGGCUUCUCGUCCGAUUCGUAAGUCGCCCAUGCCAACCUCAUAGCCAACCCCGAUUUAAGCCUAUCUCGCAUCUCCG